AUGUUCGCGUUUCCCUCGCCUAGCGUCUACCAAACGUCGAAAUGCUUCGUCACGUACGGCACAAUGGGACAUCCCGAUCCCAAGCAGCUCCCUAAUAAGGGAAAGCCAUGGAGCAGUAUACUUGCGCAAGACUUUGUCCACAAGGUCGACUUGGUCAUUCCCGAGGAACUACUGCAACUUGUCCAGGCUCAGAUCACGGGAGAUCCAGCUCGAGCGCCAACGUACCAUCGAGUCAACAUGACUCUUGGACAGGUCCUUGAGGGCGACUUCUUUACCCAAUACAUCAAGAUCGGCAAUACCAUGAUGCUUUCCGAGGGAAAAGUCGACUCUCACAAUGUCUUCUCGCUGAAAGAAGGGGUCCUUACUAUGUACCUUGAAAAGGAGACAUAUGAACGAGCUGGUCUUGUUGGGAAACCUCAUGGCGUGAAGGGCAAACGGGGGCUGAAGCCGCGCUGGAUCGUCCAAUUUGAUCUCCGAAGUCCUUCAAUGCUGCACGGAAAGAAAGGGUUUGACAGACUGGUAUAUGCGUGCAAGAAUGUGUUCAACAAGCCAACGACAUGGCUGUUCUGCAACCUAUCCCAAACCCCUGAUCCUGACCCUUUGGCGCAGCACUUCCCCACUAGAUACACAUCGUCUCCUGGCAUUGUUGGUGGUCUGGACGUAAAGAUUCCACCAUUGAAGCCCCCACAAGCUAUCCUCGAGAAUCAGAACAGACUCGACCUGGACGAGUAUGCGACCGAGAUCUAUGAGUGGCUAUCUUUGCUUCGGCUGGAAAGCCCUCGACUGGACCAGACCGAUAGCAUCGACCCCUAUCUCUCCGAUUACGUGGUUCCAGGCAACUCCGAAGAGGUCCACGCAGGCAAGCUGUGCAAGGUCAGCUGGCAGGGUUUCAUUUCACCAACCUGGGUCAGACAGACCUUGGCAGAUGUGAUCUUUGCUCUUCCCUCCAAGUCGUGGUUCUCGUUGAGCGCAACAUCACUCACACGGGGCACCAUUGACAGCAGCACAGACUGCACUAUUCUGAGACCACCACAAUCACCAGGAGAAUACUUUCUCUGGGAGACCAAGGGACACGAUUGA